ACACCCCCCCCCCCGCCGCGUGCCAAGCCUAUGAUCCUGCUUUAGGAGUGAUUCUGCUUGGGUUUCUAUAAAUCAAGCAGCAUACGCAACGCCGUGCCUUUAAAUGUCAUCUGAUUACCAAAUCCAGGUCUGGAGAUCACCCAAGAGAUCCACCCGUCUCCCCACAAAAAAAGAUCUAUCCAUUUGGAUCUACUGAUCAGAGAUCUGCUGAUUCCCAAGAGGUCUAUUGGUUUCAGAUCUGUCGGUCUUCCGUCUCCAAGAGCUUUCCAUUUGGACUGACUGAUCUCCCAGAGAUCUAGCAAUUUAAAGAUCUAUCAACUUCACAUCUGCUGAUCUCCAAAAGACUGUGGCUCUUCCUGGUUUUCGACGGGGCUUUCAGCUUGGAUUCAUUGCUCUCUCUAUCGGAUCGGUUGAACUAUUGACUCACAGAUCUAUUGAUCUCAGAAAGAGCUAUCAAUUCAGAGCUAUUGAUCUCGGCAGGAUCUAUUGAUUAGGAUCUAUCGAUCUCCCAAGGAGUUCCCGUUGCCCUGUUUCUCCCCGGGUGUGUACGGCAGGACUAGGGGAAGAUGUUCAGCUGGAUGAGGAAGAACGAGAAGAAGACCCCUGAGGUGAUCCACACGGUCACCGAGGGGCUAAAGAACCUUUACAAGAAGAAGCUGCUGCCCGUGGAGGAGUUCUACCGCUUCCAUGACUUCCACUCGCCGGCCCUGGAGGACGCCGACUUUGACAACAAGCCCAUGGUGCUGGUGGUGGGGCAGUACUCCACAGGGAAGACCACCUUCAUCCGGUACUUGCUGGAGCAGGACAUCCCGGGCAGCCGCAUCGGGCCCGAGCCCACCACCGACUCCUUCAUUGCGGUCAUGCACGGCGAGACCGAGGGGAUCAUCCCGGGCAACGCCCUCAUUGUUGACCCCAAGAAACCCUUCCGCAAGCUCAACCCCUUCGGGAACACCUUCCUCAACCGGUUCAUGUGUGCCCAGCUGCCCAACCAAGUCCUGGAGAGCAUCAGCCUCAUCGACACCCCGGGGAUCCUGUCGGGAGCCAAGCAGCGUGUGUCCCGGGGCUACGACUUCCCGGCCGUGCUGCAGUGGUUCGCGGAGCGCGUGGAUCGCAUCAUCCUGCUCUUCGACGCCCACAAGCUGGAGAUCUCGGACGAGUUCUCGGAGGCCAUCCGAGCCCUGAAGGGCAACGAGGACAAGAUCCGGGUGGUCCUGAACAAGGCCGACAUGGUGGAGACGCAGCAGCUGAUGCGGGUCUAUGGGGCCCUCAUGUGGUCCCUGGGGAAGGUGUUCAACACCCCCGAGGUGCUGCGUGUCUACAUUGGCUCCUUCUGGGCCGAGCCGCUGCUCGUCUCCGACAACCGGCGGCUCUUCGAGCUGGAGGAGCAGGACUUGUUCCAGGACAUCCAGAACCUGCCCCGCAACUCGGCCCUCCGCAAGCUCAACGACCUGGUCAAGAGAGCCCGGCUCGUCAGGGUCCACGCCCACAUCAUCAGCCACCUGAAGAAGGAGAUGCCCUCGGUGUUCGGGAAGGACAACAAGAAGAAGCACCUGAUCGCCAAGCUGCCCGUCAUCUUCGCCAAGAUCCAGCUGGAGCAUCACAUCUCGCCCGGCGACUUCCCCGACUGCGGCAAGAUGCAGGAGCUGCUGCUGGUUCGCGACUUCACCAAGUUCCACGCGCUGAAGCCGCGGCUGCUGGACGGGCUGGACGAGAUGCUGACGGGCGACAUCGCCCGGCUCAUGCCCCUGCUGCGCCAGGAGGAGCUGGAGACGCCCGAGGGCGCGGUGCAGGGCGGGGCCUUCGACGUCACCCACAGCGGCCCCUUCGUGGAGGGCCUGGCCGACGGCGCCUACGAGGGGGCGGACGACGAGGACUGGGUGGUGACCAAGGACAAGCCCAAGUACGACGAGAUCUUCUACAACCUGGCGCCCCUGGACGGGAAGCUGAGCGGCACCAAGGCCAAGAGCUGGAUGGUGGCCACCAAGCUGCCCAACUCGGUGCUGGGCAAGAUCUGGAAGCUGAGCGACGUGGACCGGGACGGGAUGCUGGACGCCGAGGAGUUCGCCCUGGCCAGCCACCUCAUCGAGGUCAAGCUGGAGGGGCACGGCCUGCCCGCCGACCUGCCCCGCCACCUGGUGCCCCCCUCCAAGCGGAGGCAGAAGGGCUCGGCCGAGUAAAGGGGCCCCGGCUCCCGCCCCCCCGCCCCGUGCCAGGCUGAACUGCUCCGGGAGACCCCGAUUCCCCCCCCCCCCGCCCCGUGCCAGGCUGAACUGCUCCGGGAGACCCCGAUUCCCCCCCCCCCCGCCCCGUGCCAGGCUGAACUGCUCCGGGAGACCCCGAUUCCGCCCCCCCCGGCCCCGUGCCAGGCUGAACUGCUCCGGGAGACCCCGAUUCCCCCCCCCCCGCCCCGUGCCAGGCUGAACUGCUCCGGGAGACCCCAGCUCCCGCCCCCCUGCCCCGUGCCAGGCUGAACUGCUCCGGGAGACCCCAGCUCCCGCCCCCCUGCCCCGUGCCAGGCUGAACUGCUCCGGGAGACCCCGAUUCCCCCCCCCCCUGCCCCGUGCCAGGCUGAACUGCUCCGGGAGACC